AUGAAGAAAAAACCACACAGCAUAAUGAAAAAAAUUGUCUUUGAGAAGACCGAGAAAACAGGGAGAAACGACAGGUUUUUGGUGACUAUAAACAUCAUGGGAAGUUCGGGUCCUUUAAGGUUUGUGGUGAACGAGAAAGAGCUUGUUUCUGGAGUCAUUGAUACUGCUCUUAAAUCCUAUGCAAGAGAAGGAAGACUUCCUGUUCUUGGUUUCAAUGCUGCCAAUUUUCUUCUUUACCAUCCAAACGCAGGAUUUGAUGCUCUGAAUCCAUUGGAAUGCAUAGGAUCUUAUGAGGCGAGGAACUUUGUGAUGUGCAAAAAGCAGGAGUACUCGUCAAAGAAAGAACCGCAAUCAGAGUUGAUAUCUGCGAAGAGCAAUGGUGGCUGGAAAGCAUGGUUAAACAAAUCUUUUGGUUUGAAAAUCUUGUCACAUUGA